AUGACAGCAACAAACAACAGCAACAGCAACAACAACUAUAUCGUUUCUGAUGAACAAGUUAUUGAUUCAUUAGCUGAGGAAUUAGUUGUGGCAGAAACUAAAACCCUCAACGAAAGAAUUGGUGAAAACAAGAUUGAUUUACAUAACUACCUCAAACAUGAUGGAGGAAGAGGAAGGAAAACUGGUACAGCUUUAUUAGUAAAUAAAAUUUCAAAUUUAACGAUUAUAGAUGUUGAUAUCAAUAAAUCAUACAAUGAUGAACUUAAAGAAACAGUUAGAAAAGACAUUUUAUCAAAACUUUCGGAUAAAGAUGUUAUCGUUAAAACCGCUUCAGGAGGUCUUCACAUUUAUUGCAACACUAAUUUCUUCUAUGCAGUUUCGAACAGAAUGAUUAAAUGUUAUUCCUGCAAUGAUUAUGAUAUUGAUAUCAUGACUUCUAUGGAUGAUUCAAAGCGUUCAUUAGUGGUUAUGGCUGAAUCAAGAGUUCGCAAGAAUGCAACAGAACCAAUCAAUACAUACUCAUUCAUUCGUGGAAGUUAUGAUUCAACAUUAACUAGAACAGUGAAUGAUAUAUUAAAUGAUUUGAAUAUUAAGGUAAGAGUUGAACAGAAGAACGAAGAAAUAAAGAAUAUCAUGAAUGAAAACAAAGAUGUAAACAUUGACGAUAAACUAGCUCAAAGCAUAGUUGAUGGCAUCUGUGAUUUUGAAGUACAUAAUGACGGUGGAAACAUGAAUUUAGAAAAAGAAAUAACAUUAUUCACACUGUUUCAAGCAAUUAAUUCGUUACCUAAUCAUUUAAUUAAUGAAGCAUACGAUAACGUUUAUAACUUCUGCAGUUUAACAGAAAAUGCUAAAAGUAAUUUUGAAAAAGCACGUAGUAGAUAUGCACAUUUAAUGACUUCUCCAUUUGUUUUAGUGAAGAUUCUAAAACUAUAUCAAAAGGAAUAUUAUGAUGAAUACGUUUUGCCUUUAUUAUGUAAGCCAAAAAUAACAUUUGA